AUGGCUUUUGCUGGAACUAGAGAAAAGCUGCAAAACCUCAGCGACCAUGCAACCAUGGUUCCCACGAGCUACGACGGUGCUGAAUGGCGGCAUGCUUCUAGCAGCGUGGUGAGCUACAACCAUUUCGUCUGCGGGAUCCCGCCGGAGUUCGGCGGUAUUCCCGUGGCUGUCAGCCUUGACCUCCGGGGGAACGACCUCGCCGGCGUGAUCCCGCAGAGAUCGAGUGCGCCGGAGAGAGGGAAGAAUCCCGCAGACGAACCGUGGAAUGAACCCUGGUGCAGCGGCGCAGGUUGGAAGGCCGCCGAAGCGUCGGUCGUCGCCCACGGUGCCGAUUCUGGCCGUCAUUGUGGUGGCGGCCAUCGUUGCCGGGCUAGUGCUGCAGUGGCAGUGCCGGAGGACUGCUCGUCGGCCGCUUCCGAGGACUGGUUCCGGCAGGCGCGCCUCGCCGCCGUCAAAUGGAUCCUUGAAACACGGGGCUGCUUCGGGUUCGGCCACCGCACGGCGUACCUGGCCAUCGCCUACUUCGACCGCUUCUUCCUCCGGCGACGUGUCGAUAGGGCGGCCAUGCCGUGGGCGGCGCGCCUCCUGUCCGUGGCCUGCGUCUCCGUGGCGGCCAAGAUGGAGGAGUACUGCGCGCCGGCGCUGUCGAAGCUCGACGCCGGCGGCGGCUACGAGUUCUGCUCCGCCUCCGUCCGCCGGAUGGAGCUGCUCGUGCUGUCCACGCUCGGUUGGCGCAUGGCCGCCGUUACGCCGUUCGACUACCUCCCUUGCUUCUCCUCCCGGCUCGACCGGCACGACGGCCGCGGCGGCGGCGGGCAUGACCCCGCCCGCGUCGCCCUCAAGUCCAUCGGCUCCAUCUUUGCCACAGCCGAAGCCGGCAGUGUGCUGGAUUACAGGCCAUCUACUGUGGCUGCAGCUGCAAUCUUGGCUGCAUCCUAUGAAGCUCUACUGACCAAAGAAGCACUGGAGUCCAAGAUGGACAAUCUAUCUCCAUCAUGCCCCAUUGAGAAGGAGCAUGUACAUGCCUGCUACAGCAUGAUGGUUGGCGACUUGAAAAGCAGAAUGAGCCAUGGCAAGAGAUCAUUGCCAUGUCCAGACUCCAAUGAAGUUGCCACCAGUACAUAUGAUUCUGUUCUUGUUGAUGAUGUUGCCGACACCGCCGCCUUCAUCGCAGCUGUGUCGGAGAUGAACAAGCAGAUCAGACUGGCAGCUGGAUGGCGGCAUCGUGUACAGGGUCGUCCCCGGCCGCGGCACCGACGUAGCCGCCGCCGUCUCAGUGAGCCCAACGACGGCGAUGGCACUGAGUCCGGGUGGCGCCGGCGCCGUGCCUUUGAGGCCGAGGCUGCACCCAUUGCCUAUGUUGCCACUACCGAGCACGGAGACGCGGCCACAGCCUUGCAUCCGCAGAAGAGAUGGUAGCGUCCAGCGGGAUUCCUCGUCGUAUUCCGUGGCUGGUGUUCAUCACUUGGUGGAGGCUCGGGACAGAGUAGCGCCGCCCGCUGCAGCUCGACGGGUGGCACAACAAUGAACGAGAGACCAUGAGAACACUGAUGAGGCCAUGGAGUGG